CAUUUUUUACUUUCCUUGAUGUGCAAUGCAUAUUUUACUGCUUAUAUCUCCGUUUGCAUCAUAAUUUGUAGACUUAUUAUUUUCACUUUGUACAAUGCAUAUUUUACUUGUUUGUAUAACCAUCUAUCAUUUGGCAUGGAUGAUGUCAUAAAUGCUAUCUUUUGUCACUAAAAGAUAGUAAUAUAUCUUUAAGUAAGACUAGAGAGAUAUUUCCAAUUACAAAUUCUACAAUCUACUUCAAAGGUAACAUAGUCGAUUAGCCAAAAUAACAUAUCAAACCUUAAUCUCAAUCUCUAUUUAAAUCUACAUCGGAUGUCUAGAAUUGGUUCAGUUUUCCCAAGUUUAAUUCCAAUUUUACGACCCGCAAACUCCUACGCAAGACAUCACUUGCAAUGUUCCCUUUAUGGCAAAACUCAAGGCCCACACCUAGAUGGCAUAUGCCAUUAGCAGCUGUCGGCGUCGCUAAAGCGAAGAUUGAGUUGAUAAAAAUGAAGUCUUGGUCUUCCGCGCUUUGCUAAAAAUUCCGGGAACUUGCUGGUGGCCUUCUUGGAAGUUGUUCUCCCUAUUUCUGAUACUACACUUUCUUUCUUGGUUCUGGCCGAUUGAAGGUUGUUGCUGCUGGGAAAUCUAACAUGGCAGAAACGCUUAUUUCAGGGGCUGUCCAAGGACUUGCUGAGAUAGUAGCUAUUCUAACUGCAAAAGAAGGCUCUCGCUUGUCUGAGUUGGAAGAAAACUUUAAUUGGAUUCGAGAUGAGAUGAGGUGUAUUCAAUAUUUCUGGGAAGAUGCUGAUAAAGUAGAGUCAGAAAGCAGAGGAUUGGCUGAGUUCAUCAGGACCAUUUGGGAUCUUGCUUAUGAUUUGGAGUAUAUCGUGGAUGAGUACUUCCCUAAGCUAUCACCACUUCUAAGGAAUGACUGGAAGGGGCGUCUUGGUUGGUUUUUGAGAGCCAAAACUGUUCGUGACUUUGCGGUGAAGAUUGAAAGAAUAACACGAAGGGUAGAGCGUAUCAGUGUCAGGAGACAGACCUAUCAAGUCCCAGAUGCAAGUGGCCCUGCUGGAAGACAGGAUUGGGAUCUAAUGAGUACUUUUCCCCACACUGAAGAAGUAAAUAUUGUUGGUAUGGACGAACACAUUAAGGAAUUAGCGGACAAAGUGUUGGAUGAAGAUUCAGAGCAUCGUGUGAUCUCAAUCACAGGCAUGGCCGGUCUAGGCAAGACAACACUGGUCAGAAAGGUAUAUAAUUCUGUUCGAUUAAGUUUUAAUUGUUCAGCUUGGAUUUGUCUCUCUCAAAAACCAAACCUACAUCAGCUUUUACAUCAUAUAGCAAGGGAAGUUGGCUUCAAGUCGGAGGAGUGCCAACACAACUUUGUGGUUAAGUUGUCCGAACUUUUAAGCCAAAAAAAGUAUGUGAUAGUAAUUGAUGAUAUAUGGGACACUAAACAUUGGGAUGAUUUAAAAAAUGGCAUUCCUGUUAAUUCCAUGAAUGGCAGCAGAAUAAUCAUCACUUCCCGAUCCGAAGAUAUAUGUGAACAAAUUGGUGGGCAAAUUUUUUUACAUAAAUUGCAACCGUUAGACGAAAAAAAGAGUAGAGAGCUCUUCUUCAAAGUAGUUAUGGCUGCCCCACAACACAAUGAUGGUGGUGGUGAUCCCUCACAAUUGAAAAACAUUGGUGAGAAAAUACUAAAGAAAUGUGGCGGUGUGCCACUUGCGAUAGUAGUUAUAGCAGGCGUGUUGUUAUCAAAAGAGAGAAGCAUACAUGCAUGGAAAGGGGUAUUAGAGAGUAUGGGUAAAGAUCAAGACCAAUGUUUAAAGAUAUUUGCUUUGAGCUACAAGGAUUUACCUUUAAUGUUAAAACCAUGUUUUUUAUACUUUGGUCUAUUUCCAGAGGAUUACGAAAUUUCUACAUCCAGACUAAUCAAUUUAUGGGCAGCUGAAGGAUUUAUACAUGACAGUGGAGAAAGGGCAGUUGAGGAUGUGGGGCAAGAUUACCUAAAUCAAUUAAUUGGUAGAAACCUAAUUCAAGUUGUCAAGAGGAGGUACGACGGGACGGUUAGAGUUUGUCGUAUUCAUGAUAUCUUGCACGACCUUUGCAUUAGCAAGUCUAGGGAGAUCAACUUUCUUACCACACUCAAUAAUGUAGCCACUAGUGCAUAUUCCCUUACGCCACGCAGAGUCACUAUCUCUUUUCGAAGUGAUGCUAGCAACUACGUAUCUUCAAAUCGUCAAACUCCAAAGCUUCGGGCUUUGUUAUGUUUCGAUUAUGUUUCUUCACCGGAAGGCUUCUGGAAAGUUAAGCUUCGUCUUAGAAACUUCAAAUCUCUUCGAGUGCUAAUUUUAACGGUCUUUAGAGGGGCUGAGGGCUCCUAUGAAUGAAUUGUUAAGUUAAAACACCUCUGUCACCUUGAAUUGAGAGGGUAUGGUUCUAUAGCGCUUCCUUACGCCAUAAAGAAUUUGAAAAAUUUGCUGACGUUGGAUAUGAAGUACGGCAAAGUCAUCCUCCCUGAGGUCAUCUGGAAAAUGAAGCAACUAAGACAUAUUCGAUUACCACGUAACUGUAGGGCUCCUUCAGUCCGUGGGUUCCACUUGGAUUGCCAUAGGUUCCAUCCAUUCGAAGUUUCUUUACCAAACCUGCAGACCCUCUUUGGAUUGCCUGUCAAAGUUUUUGAGGCCAAUUGGUUGCACAAACUUGAUAGUUUGAGAAGACUGCAAGUCUGGAAUAUAACUAAGCAUAUCAUUGAGGUAUUGUCAAGUGUAAACUCCCUGUUACAGAAGCUAGAAGAAUUGCGAAUAUUAUCUCCAGACGAUAUGAAAUCUGCCUUGGAUCUGUCUAGAUAUAUAAGCCUUCGUAAGUUAUACAUGUACGGCAGCGGCGUAGUGGAUUUUACACGACAUGAUAUACUGCCAACAUGCCUCACAGAGCUUUUCCUUGAGCAAACUUCGCUGGAAAUGGACUCAAUGGUGACUUUGAAGAAACUACCUAGACUUGAGAUCCUUAUACUUGGAUAUGAUUCAUACCUUGGGAAGAAGAUGGUAUGCUCUGGAGAAGCUGGCAGCUUUCUUCAACUCAAAGUAUUGAGAAUUUUUGCAGAGAGUCUAGAGGAGUUUGUAGCUGAGGAAGGAGCAAUGCCCAAACUCAAGCACCUUACCCUCUCUCGUUCCAUACCGACAGUGAAAGUUCCAGAUAGAAUCAGAAAUAUAAUCACGAUUGACGCAAACAUGGGAGGCUUCGAGGAGUGGCUUUUCGAUCUGUGACUUCAUUUCCGUGACUUCAUUUUGGAAGGUGAAAGCACCAUCUAAAGGAUGAUGAAUGCAUGGGCUCUUGAUGUUCUGCUUCCUCCCCAAUGUAAUCUUGCGACAAGAUGUCUUUCGGCUGAUUGCUUCUCCCGAGAAAGAAUGGUAUAUGCUUUGUGAUUUGGUAUCUUAAUUGCUGUAUUACCCUUAAAUGUUAUUUGAAUUUAUCAAUGACUUUGAUGGAUGUUUAAUAAAUUUACAUAUACUGAUUUUUUCGAACUCGUC